AUGAUAGAAGAUAAUUUAAACGACAAAUGUUAUAAUUUAUUUAUAAAUGAGGAUGAAGGUUGUAUUUACUUAAAUAAAGAAAAUCACAUCAGAAGGAAUCGCGAAAAUAUGUCUCAUACAGAAUCUACUAAUUAUUACACUGUUAAGGAGUUAAAAGAGAGAAAAAUUAACAUGGAACCAUGCAGAAUUGGUGGAAGCAAUCCAAGCAAUCAAUACGACUCAGAUUGCUCUCGUUCAAACAGUUUGCAGAAUAAUAGCACGGAAGAGAAGAAAAAGGAAGAGCAGAAUAAGAACUGUUGCGCUAACGGGCAAUGUGAAGAACACAAACAGAAUAGCAAUUCUACUACAAAAAAAAAAAAGAAUUCUGUUAAAAGACACUUUGUAGACUCAAAUAAAAAUAAUAAAAGAUUUAAACGUAAAGAUAGUAGUACAUUUGAAAGUAAAUUCAAUAUAAGCGCUAAUACCAGUUCUCAGUUACGUUCAGGAAAUACUUUUGCUUUAAGCGAAACUCUGAAGAAUGAUAUUAUAAAUAUAAAACAAGAAAAAAUCGAAAAAGAAAAAUUAAUCCAUAUUAAUCAAAGAAUUGAUAAUAUAUCUUUUAUUAAUAAUGCGAAUAGUGCAAAAGAAAUUUUAUUAAAAAAGGAUGAUUAUAAAAAGAACACAGGUGCACAAUUAGAAAAGAGCAAUAAAUUCAUCAAUAAAAAUAGUAAAUGUUUUAGUUUAAGAAAAUAUUCUGAUCAAAAUAAAUCAUUUAAAUGUAACAAAAUUCUUAAUUAUGCUAAAUGCCAAUUGUCAGACAGCUCCUCGGAUUACCACAACAUGUUUUCCACAAUAUUUAUUCCUAACAAAAAUUACUUCAAUUAUAAUGCAGCAAAUGGUUUGACCACGAACACACAUAACAGAAGGUCAAUCGUACCUUAUAGUAAUAAAUGGAACAUUCAUGGGUGCACAGAGUCAGCCAAGAAACAGAGCAAUUCCACAAGGUUUGACGGUACUGGUAGGUUUGACUCUACUAGUAAUGUUAGCGUAAGCAGUAGUAGGAGCAGUAGUAGCGGCAGUGGUAGAACAGCUACCAGUGUGAGAAGGCACAAAACGUACUAUGAUACGGAAGGCACGUUUUUAAAUGUGAACAACAUAAUAUAUAAUGAUCAGUUGGGUAUAGACAAAAAGAAUUUCUCAAGUAAUAGCUGCAGCAUCAUCGGAAGGGGGAACAAUGAUGACGACAUUCCAUAUGAUAGAGACGAAGACAUAAUAGAUAAGGUUAAUUUAGAUAUAUCUAGGAAUAAUAGAACUACUGAAAGAAAGAACAAAGAACGUAAUAAAUAUAAGAAGAAUUUAUUUAAUAUUAAAGAAGUUAUAGAUACAACUGUCCUAACUAAUUUCAUCGAAUGUGUUAACAAGCAGUCUGACAUUAAUAAAAUAAAUUCUAGCGUUAAAAUAUUUAGUGAAGAAAAAAAUGGUAUCAUAAAUUAUAGCACAAAUGAUACUACAAAUGAUAAAAGCGUAAUUGAUCUAUGUCAUAUAUGCUGCUCAUGGGGUGAAGAGGGGGAUAUAGCGAAGUACGAAGCAAAGCACGAAGCAAAGCACGAAGCAAAAAAAGAAGUAAAGCAAGCAGAAAUGAAGAACGAAAGUAGCCGUGAAAAUAUCAGAAUUCACUAUGAAGUUCGUUAUAUCAAUGAUAACGAAGAAAACAAAAAUGUAAAAUUUAAGAAUGUCCAUGUAAAUAAUCAUAAAUAUGUUUCGGAAACACAUAAAAAUGAGGGCACACACAGAUAUAACAAUUUAGAGUGCAGUGAAAAUAAGAAAAACUGUAACACAAACGAAAAUACUACUUCACUGAGGAGUGGUCUCAAUUUAAGCAGUUCAUUAAGUGAACGCACUUGUAAGGAGAAUAAUAUUUUGUCUUCACAGGAUAUUUUUAAAAAUUCAUAUGAUGAUCAGUCAGGAAGAUAUAACCUCAUUGACACUACUUGUGAACAAAAGUGCAAACAUAGAAUAACAAAUAUUGAAACUAAGGAAAAAGCUAAACCGUUCGAAAUUAUGAAAGAUAAAUUAAAUGAAAAUUUAUUUCUAAAUUAUAAAUAUGACAAGAAUUCUAUACCUGAAAUGAAAGAUGACCUAAGCUCAUUUUUUAAGAACUUUAAAUAUAGUAACAAUAUUGAUAAAAAAGAAUUUGAAAAAUGCAAAUAUUGUGUGUUGCAUAUUUUGAAUCAAGAAAGGAUCAAUGAAUUGUCUUCAAAUAACUCCACUAAGACAAUUUUCAGUCCCGUUCUAAAGGCUUAUCGUUGCUUCAGUGUUAACUCGAAUACUGGAGUGGAUGAUCUUGCAAAAGGUAAAGCAUGUAAAGCUGCGAGUGAUGAGACAAGUAAAGCUUCAGACGAUGAAAUUAGUAAAACCGCAAAGGGUAAAGCAAGAAAAACUGAAGAAAAUGCACAAACUGAAGAAAAUGCACAAACUGAAGAAAAUGCACAAAAUGAAGAAAAUGCACAAACUGAAGAAAAUGCACAAACUGAAGAAAAUGCACAAAAUGAAGAAAAUGCACAAAAUAAAGAAAAUGCACAAAAUAAAGAAAAUGCACAAAAUAAAGAAAAUGCACAAAAUGCAAAAACUCAAAUUAAUGUGCCGAAUAAUUCAAAUAUCUUAAGCAGUAACACAGAUAUAUUUUAUAACAUCAAGGGUAUUUCGCACAUUGGUGAUAUGUCAAAAAAUUUCAAAGAAAAUUACGAGUCUUUGAAAAAUUAUUUGAAUAUUUUAAAUAGUACAAAUCCGAGUGUAAAUGAUUAUUUACUUAAUCUUUAUUGCUAUACAUAUAUAAGACACUAUACAUUGAAUAAUAACGCAUUAUUAUACCCUAAUAGUUUGAAUAGUACAGUACAAAAUAAAGAGUCAAAGAAAGAAGAAAAUACAUUUAAUUGUGAACAAACUUUAAUUGAUGUAGACAAAUAUCACAGUAGUAAUGCAAACAAUUAUUUUCAAGAUGUUAUUUCCUCAGACGUUAUGUUAAAUAGUAAUUCAUUUAGUAGUAAUAAAAAUCUUUUUAAUAAUUUCUGUAAAAGUGUUACUUGUAAUGACAUGGCAAAUUCUCAAAAUAUAAAUUAUAAUAAUGUAUCAGUAAAUUCAAAUAACAACAGUCAUAGUGUUAAUAAUAUUUCUGUUUCGAAUGAUGAAAACAACGAAAUUAGAAAAAUUCUUUAUAGAUACUAUAACUAUUUGAAACUAAAAAAUUAUAUUAUUCCAUAUAAUAUUUAUAACAAUUCAAGUACAGUGCCCCCCAGAGAAAGUAACACAAGUAAUGAUAACAUCUCUUGUAGCAACUACAUUAAAGAAACUAAAGAUCUCAUAAAUAUUUCCUAUAACUUUAUUAAAGAGCAUAAAAAUGCACACAAUAAUGUAAUGUUUGAUCAUUUUUGCAACUUUCAUAAAAAAGAAUUAAAUGAAAAAAAUAGUAUAUUUUUAAGUAGGAGUAACAAAGAUACUGUGACAAACUUUAAUGUUCGUGCACCACAUUAUGAAGAUUAUACUUCCAGUUUAAAUAGUACGAAUAAUCAUAACUGCAGCAAUAGCGCUAGUAGCACCGGUAACAGCACCGUUAAUGGUACCGCUAAUGAUACCGUUAACGAUACUGCUAAUGAUACCGUUAAUGGUACCGUUAAUAGUACCGCUAAUGAUACCGCUAAUGAUACCGCUAACGAUACUGCUAAUGAUACCGUUAAUGGUAUCGCUAAUGGUACCUCUAAUGGUACCGCUAAUGGUACCGCUAAUGGUACCGAUAAUAGUACUGCUAAUAGUACGCGUAAUAAUACUCAUAUUAAUAAACGCAGUAAUAUGCAACAUAACAAAGGUUGUAAUAUUAAUUAUUUUUAUUUAUUAAAAAAUAUAAUAGAAAAUCUAAACAGAGAAGAACUGCAAAAACUAAUGAUAUGUCAGUGUUGUUACAUGUUAAAAAAAAUAGAAAAAAAAAUGACCCCCAUCGACGUUAUUUUAGAUACCCAAAUAUUAUAUCAUGACUGUAAUAAUUAUUUCAAAAAUAAAGGUUGGAUAGAUAAUGACAUUUCAGAAAGAGAUAAAAAUACGGAUACCCUCAAUUUUGAAAAAUGUAAUGUUUUCACUCUUAGUGACAACAAAUGUAUGAAGACAAGAAACUUUUUUACGAAUCAUAUGUUAAAAUAUUUUCAUAAUAUGGCGGAAAAUAUGAAUGAUCCUUACAUAAAUCAUACUAAUAAUAAUGUCAUCACGCAUGCAAAGGGUGUCAACUGUAAUGAAGAUAUAUUAUGUACAAUUCAGAAUAAUCAAAAUAUACAUUUUUGUAAUUUUGAAAACCAUGAAAUAUCUAGAACAUCCACAGCGGCAUCUAUUAUUUAUAAAAGCAAUAGUGUAAUAGCAACUGAACAAAGGACACAGCAGAAAAUUAAUGAUAUGUAUGGAAAAAUAAACGAUAAAAUACAAAACGGUAAUAGUAACAGUAAUAGUAACAGUAAUAGUAACAGUAAUAGUAACAGUAAUAGUAACAGUAAUAGUAACAGUAAUAGUAAUAGCGCUUGCAACAGCAGUGGUAAUAGUAACAUUAAAAAUAAUAGCAAUAGUAGCAAUAAUAGUAGUAAUAACAGUAACAAUUAUAAUAAUAACUGUAAUAACAAUAAUGUAAAUAAUAAAACUGGAAAGGAUGAAAUUUAUGGUAAGGACCAAAAUAAUAGGUGCUUUAAAACUUCAUAUAUAGUAGUACAGAACAAAACAACAUGA